AUGAGUAGUAUAGAAGAACAAAUUAAAAAUAUAGAAAAUAAGAUAAAUGUUCAAGAAAAGAAAAUAAAGAAUUUAGGAGAAGAAAUAGGAGAACUAAAAAAUGAAUCUAGUACAAUUUAUGAAAAACUGAUAAGACAGAAAGAUGUUUUAUUAAAAAAAAAAGAAACAAAUAUACUAAUGGAAUUUAAAAUAAAUAAUUUAAAAUACGAAAGUAUCAAAGUAACUAAAAGUAUAGAAGAUACUUAUUUUAAAAUAGAUUCUUAUUUUAAAGAAUUGAAAAGAAAAAAAUUUGAGAUAAAAGAAAAUAUAAAAAGAAUGGAAGAGAUAAAUAAUAUAAUUAAAAAAAAUAUAUUUAAUGAUAUAAAUAUUGAUAGAACAUUUUUAAUUUUAGAAGAUUUUCUCUUAAAAAAAAAAGAACAUAAUAAUUAUUUGGAAUCAUUUCUUAAAAAAAAAAAAGAAAAAAUUGAAAGAGUAAUAAACGAAAUUAAAAAAAUUAAUAAUAACAUUUUUUUUUUAUGUCAAAAUAUUACAGUUUUAGAUAAUAAAUUAAUUACUAAUUUAUACAGCAUAAAAAAUUACAUAAAUGAAGAAAUAAAUAACUAUCUAAUAAAAAAUGAAAAAAUUAAUGAAAAUUCUAUUUUUGUUACAUGUUUAAGUAUAAUAACUAAAAUAAUAGAAAAACAAAAAUUAAAAAAUGAAAUAGUUCACAUAAAUUUCAAUGUUAACAAUAGCAUACAGACAACUAAGAAUAACAACUCACAAAAAAAAAAUAGAGAAGCAAAAUUAGAACUAGAAUUAAAUACACAAGAAUUUCUUGAAUUUGAAAAUUUUUUUUCAUGA